AUGUCUACCGUCGACACUGCAGAGAAAGAGAAACCUCUGCCAGAAAAUGUUUCUAGUUUUGGCUCUACUGCAAAUGAUGGCAAUACUGACGACGCACAAGGCCACCAGGGAGGUCUUGAUAAUCAACAAAAUCCAACGACUAAAGAAAAUGGAAGCGAAAAAGCUGAAUCACCCGAUCAAAGCCAUACCCCAAAAGAGCUUGGAACCGAUAAUCCACUCGAUACCGAAAAGGAGCUGCCCACCGCGACAGGAGAAAUUAACGAGAAUGAGGAGGAGGUAGAGAAGGCGGUGGAGGGUGAUCCAACAACAGAAGCGGCAUCAGAGGUGGAAGAGCCUUCUCCUUUGCCUCCUGAUCUGGGCAAGGUCUCGGAAGAGAUUGACCAAUACAUCUCUUCUCUGUCAAACUCAAGCUUAAGCUCAAAGAAUGAUGAUGAGAAUUCCAAUGUGCCUAUAUUUGUGGAGCAGUUUGCUGUUCUUUUUGAAGCCAAGAUAGAUGAUUACGAUUCAAGCGACAAUCCUGUUAAAUGGACCCGGCUGACAGACGAGGACUCUGCCUCAUUCCUAGAAGCAGUGAACCGCGUUUCCAGACUAUCAGCUUUGCUUUCUGAAUUUUCGUCUGAUUACAAGUACGCCUAUUCCAUCAACCGCAUUGGUAGUGUUCUCCAGCGUGCAAUGACUUAUGUGGAAGAGGAAUUCAGAUCCCUCCUUGAAGAAUACAAAAUCCCCGAUCAUCAAGAUCCGGAGACUGUUGUGAAUAACCCUUCGUCGUCAAGCUCCUCCACCAAUGCCCAGGACGGAGGGGAACAACCACCACGUCCUCCUCCUCCUACCGGCGUUGCAGCAGAAAAUAAUGAUCCUCAUCCUGAAGAUACAAAUAAUAAUGAUAAUAAUAACAACAACGAUAACAAUGACAAUCUUGGAUACUCGGAAGAGAUAUUGUCAGAAUUGAGUAGAUUAGCCAAGGCCAUGCUUGUGGGAGGCUACGAAACAGAAUGCUGCCAGGUCUACUUCAUCGCGCGACGGAACGCGUUAGAGGAGACUAUACAUAAGUUUGGGUUUGAGAAGUUCAGCAUUGACGACGUGCAGAAGAUGAAUUGGGAGUCGCUGGAGAGAGAGAUCGAAGCGUGGAUCAGAACAUUCAAGCAGUUCGCCACCGUCCAAUUCUCCAGAGAACGCAAGCUCGCGGAUGCCAUCUUCGUGGAUCAUGCAGCAAUCUCCGAGGCCCUGUUCAGCACCCUGCUCCGAGGCAUGGUAGUCCAACUCCUCAAUUUCUCGGAAGCUGUCGCCAUGAGUAAGCGUGCCGCCGAGAAGCUGUUCAAGUUUCUGGACAUAUACGAGACCCUAAGAGAUGUCCUUCCCAAGAUGGACAACGGCCUACUGCCUCCUCAAACCCUGGACGAGAUCAAGUCGGAGGCCUCCCUCACCCGAAGCCGGCUGGCUGAUGCCGUGAUCUGCAUCUUCUGCGAGCUGGAGAACUCCAUCAAAGCCGAUGCUGGAAAGACCCCGGUUCCAGGCGGUGCAGUUCACCCCUUGACUCGCUAUACCAUGAAUUAUCUCAAGUAUGCGUGCGAGUACAAGGACACGCUGGAACAGGUGUUCAGAGAGCAUCAGAAGAUCGAAAGAGCGGACUCGGGUGCGGGAUCAGAGUUCGACUACAACACUUCACAGGCUAACGCGGAUGGAAACCAGAGCAAUCAGAAAGCGGGGCAGUCUCCGUUCCAGGUGCAGGUGACGAAGGUUAUGGAUCUACUGGACGCCAAUCUGGAGGCCAAGUCCAAACUCUACAGGGAUCUGUCGUUGAGUUCGAUAUUCAUGAUGAACAACGGGCGGUACAUAUUGCAAAAGAUUAGGGGGGCUGGGGAGAUGAACAGCUUGAUGGGGGACACUUGGUGCCGAAAGAGGUCGUCGGAGCUGAGGCAGUAUCACAAGAACUACCAACGGGAGACCUGGGGGAAGCCCUUGAACUGCCUGAUGAAUCACGAGGGAUUGAAUGUAAACGGGAAGGUGGCGAAGCCGGUUCUCAAGGAAAGGUUCAAGAGCUUCAACGCAAUGUUUGACGAGAUACACAAGACGCAGAGUGCUUGGGUGGUUAGCGACGAGCAACUUCAAUCGGAGCUGAGGGUGUCUAUAUCCAACAUGGUGAUACCGGCGUAUCGAGCAUUCAUGGCCAGGUACGGUCAGUACCUGACGCCGGGGAGGCAGACCGAGAAGUACGUCAAGUACCAACCUGAGGAUAUAGAAACAUACGUUGACGAGCUGUUUGAUGGGAACGCCACCCCGACUGGGAGAAAAAAGUUGUAG